UGUGCUACUGAUGACAGCGAAAUUCUUUUCCUUCACUUUGCUCGCCUUCGGUGCGGAUUCGAUUUGAUUGCUCUGCAGAGCGCAGGCAGGCAGGCAGAAGAAGUUCGUGUGUGAUGUGUGUUGAAGAAAAUGGCCAUCAUCGGUGAAAAUUAAUCCGCUCGGAUCGGGGAUUUGCGUUGUUCCGGAUCGGUCGAAUUGUGCGGUAAACUGCGAACGGUGACGUUGCCGACCGGGAGAAGUUGGAGAAUUGGCCGGAAUCGGGCCGGAUCGUGACAAGUGUUGAAUUUUUAUAUGCAUCGGCUGCUGGCAGUAGUCGGUUCGCGGCGGAUGGCAGAGUGAAAAAGGGUUUUUAUUUUUUUUUUUCCUGCGAGGAGCAGCGCGGUGGCAUUAGCAAAAAAAUACGGAAAAGGGAAGAAAAUUGCAGUCCGGUGUGCAUCUCGGUGCAUUUGGCUGGUUGUGAAGGAAACCGGGAGCGGUUCCGGUGUUUAAGAAGAAAAAAGGUUUGAAGGUUUGCACUGGAUUCGGCAGGAGGAAAAUACAAAUUUGUGCAGAGUGACAGGCUUCCAGAAAGAAGGAACUGUCAAAAAUUGCGAGUGUUUUGUUGGAUGCCAAAAGUUUGCCUGUUCCGUGCGAGCAAAUAAAAAAUAAUAUAGAUUGGGGGAAAGAGUUCAAUGGUUUUUCGCCUUUGCUAGUGAAGAAGAAAAAUAUAUACGAAAUACGAUUUGUCAUUAGACCGACACAGAAAAGCAGCCUUUGUAGCAAAUAAAAGUGAGUGAUUGUGUUUGUUUUGAUCGCUGUGUUGGUUGGUUGGCAAAAAUAUUUGUUGGGCCCCAAUGGCAUCAUCGAAAUCCGACGAAGAGUGAUUUAUUGUCGGAUCCGAUCGGAGAAGAAUAUUCAACAACAAAAACUGCCAUCUCGUGAAGGAAAGUAAGAUAAAUCAUGCGGCAUCAGUGUUUGGUUAAACAACCGCAGUUCCCAAUUUGUGUGAUUGUGUGUGAAUUAAUGCGCAAAAGUGGUUCUUUCUGAGGUGGAAUCCAUAAUAUAAAAAAGACGACACCAAUCAGGGAACAGGAAGGAACCAAUCUUCCGAAAUAAUAAUUAUUCUUGUAGUUGUACGCCACGAAUGACGUUCUAUUGGUUUUGGUUGUUGUUACUGAAAGAGCCUCAUCAUGAUGGAAUCGAGUAGAAGUAGUUCGGAACAUAUCACCCGACGGCCGGCGGUACAGCUCCGCUGGAUUGCCAUUGGGCUGCUGGUCCUGACAACGGUAGCCGGACUCGGGAGGCACAAUGCCGCAAAUGCAGCAACAUCGUCAAGGAUUCUUCGGCAUACCAACAGCAAACGAAGUAGUAGCAGUCUCAACGAUUAUAGCGAUUCGGCGACGGGGUCGUUAUUCAAGGAACACCACCGCCAACAGCAACAGCAGCAGCAGCAGAUUAAUGGAAAAUAUUUAAAUUCAAAUGAGAACGGUGGUGGACUGGAUGACAGCAACGGUGGCACCGCCGGGGCGGAACUGGGAGCAACACUAUUCUCAUCCGGCCCGUCGUCGGCGUCCUCAGCGUCACUGUCAUCGCCGCUGUCGCAUAAUUCGCCGCAAACAUUGACGCUGACGGCGGAUAAAAAUAAAACAAAAUUAUUAAAAUGUCACUGUGACAUUUGCAAGGAUCAGAACUACGUGUGCGAAACAGAUGGACUGUGCUUCACUUCCCUGUCGCUCGAGCAUGGCGUCUACAAGUACUCGUACAGAUGCAUCCCACGACGAAUCCUCAACCCACCGGACGACCCAAUCUGGUGCCGGGAGAAGCUCCUUGUAUCGACGGCUAGCACCCAUUCCACCGCCACCACCACUGGAAACCACUCCUACCACACGAUGGCUUGUUGCGAUUUCAGCUAUUGCAAUCUGGAACUUACCUUUCCGCACGUGAAACCGAUCGGUAAUGCCACGCUAGGUUCCCAACAACCCCCCGAGGUGGACAAACUGGAUAAUGUACUGGUGAUCGUGUUGGUCGUAGGAGCAGGGGUAACCCUCACGGCUCUGGUCAGCCUGAUGUUCGUGAUGCUGCGGCGCCGGAAGAGGAACAGCGGAGCUAGGCAAAUCUUGCCGGAGGACUCGGUGUGCGGAGCUAGCUAUCCCAUUCUGAACGGACAUACCACGAUUCAGGACUUUAUCGAGAUGACCACUUCCGGGUCCGGAUCAGCCGGAUUGCCACUGCUGGUGCAGAGAUCGAUUGCCCGUCAGAUCCAGCUGGUUGAGGUCAUCGGUAAGGGUCGCUUCGGCGAGGUCUGGCGCGGCAAGUGGCGUGGCGAGAAUGUGGCCGUCAAGAUUUUCUCCAGCCGCGAGGAGUGCUCCUGGUUCCGGGAGGCGGAAAUCUAUCAGACGAUUAUGCUGCGGCACGAGAACAUACUCGGAUUUAUUGCUGCUGAUAAUAAAGAUAAUGGCACAUGGACUCAGCUAUGGCUCGUCACAGAUUACCAUGAAAAUGGGUCGUUGUUCGAUUUCCUGAUGUCACGCUACAUCGAUACUAAGACGAUGGUUGAAAUGGCCUAUUCAAUUGCCACUGGUUUGGCGCAUCUUCACAUGGAUAUUGUCGGCACCCGAGGAAAGCCAGCGAUUGCCCAUCGAGAUCUCAAGUCAAAGAACAUCCUGGUGAAGUCGAACCUCACGUGCUGCGUUGGUGAUUUAGGGUUGGCGGUGCGUCACAAUGUGGCCACCGAUACCGUGGAUAUUCCGUCCACCCACCGGGUGGGAACGAAACGCUACAUGGCUCCGGAAGUGCUGGACGAAACGAUCAACGUGAAUCAGUUUGAUUCAUUCAAGCGUGCCGAUGUGUACGCAUUCGGGUUGGUCCUGUGGGAAAUUGCCCGGCGAUGUAACGUCGGGGGCAUCUACGAUGAGUACCAGUUGCCUUUCUACGACGUAGUGCAACCGGAUCCCACGAUCGAGGAGAUGAGAAAGGUUGUCUGCAUCGAUCGGCAACGGCCGAGCAUACCGAACCGAUGGAUCGCGUCCGACACGCUGCAUUCGAUCUCGAAGGUGAUGAAAGAAUGCUGGUACCAGAAUCCGGCCGCCCGUCUUACCGCACUCAGGAUCAAGAAAACACUCGCCAACAUUCGCUAGAGGUGGGCCACCCGGGAUCCCUCGUGGGUCUAAUCUACUACAACUACUAUUACUACUAUUACUAUUACUACAACUACUACUCCAGCAGCUUUUAAAAGGUGACCCGAAGAAGUUGAGAUGAGGUGAGAACUUCCGGUCAACACAUGAACUCUCGAUUUAGGAAUUAACAUACACACAUACACUUUUUAUAGCCGGUAAGGAUGAUCUUUAGGUUUAAGGUGAAUGCUGGAGAUAAUGAGUUUAGGUUGCUCCGCUAGUGGUGGAGCGAGUAUUUGCGUGAGCUGACGAUGAAUGCGGGGGGAAUGCGAGUGAUAAAUCUAGUUGUGUAAGUUUACAGUUUAUUGUAAAUGUAUAAAAGUGAACAGCUAGUGUAGCAAAAAGGUAGCCGAGCAGAUGAGAAUUAGGUUUAACGGAAAAUUGAAAAUCUGAUCCGUAGUUAAGCGUGGAUACCAUUUUUUGGUAACAAACACUGUCCGUACGUACUAUCAAAUCAAUCGUCGAUGUUUGUGUUUAGUUUGUUUUUUUAAAUUAUGGAAACUGGUUGACCGAUGAGCGUUGAAUGGUUGAUUUUUAUUGUGAAGCCUUAGGUUCAGAGCAGAUGCAUAUAGUAAUAUAUUAUUAUUAUUUAUGUUUGUCAACUUUAUUUAUCACACACACACUUGGUGCAUUUUUUUUCGGGGGGCUUGAAGCCCUAUCGCAUAUUAUGCAUACAACAUUUGUAUACACACACACACAAACACAUACUAUAGUACCAAUCAGUAGCAAACAUUAGUGGAAACCGCAUAGUGCUGCGAAAAGUGUAGGAACGUAAGAAACCGGAAGGCAAAAUCGGGAAUGAAGUGUUAAUGUGUCUAGUAUAGUUUACAUAUCUAGUUUUUCCUCAUACUAUUUUUCCUCACGCAUAUUGUGGAUUGUAUCGGAUGUUAGGAUUUAGAUUUGAUUGGAUCAUGUUGAUGCAAGGAUAGUACCUCCAUUUACACAGUUUAUGACGAAAAAUCCUCAGAUGAAAUGAACAAUGCAGAUAUAUUGGAUGAUUGACUGUAAAAAAAAACUUAUGGAAUCGAGAUUGAAGCGUAUUUCUUCCAUACAAAAACGAGUGGUUAAAUAUUGCGUAUUAUCAAACUUAUUUUCAGAGGAAAUGUUGAACACGGAGUGGAAGGGUUUAUUUAGCAAUUAUUUUUCUUCUUCAUGUUUAUUAUGGCCAAUGUUACGCCUGCCUUCAACUUGGAGUUAUUUGAGCACGUUGUUAAUUGAGAGCUGGUUUUUCUUUGUAGCUGCACCUUUUAUAGGUUGAGCUUCGAAAGGCCUUUUAUAUAAAAAUACGCUUUCAAAAUCAUCUGAGCGACUUACAACAAAAGGAAUUGCAAAAAUGGCAAUCUUUUAAACAACAAUUUACAAUCUUCAUUGCAACAGAGGAUGGAAAUGUAGCCCCCCCUCCCAAUACUUUGUUUGGUCAUUCUUAUGUACAAUGACUUGUCUUAUAGUUGUAUGUAUUAAGCCUGAACAUUGUACAAGAAGUUAAUAUUUUUUAAUAUUUAUAAGAAAAAUUACGUUUUACAAUUUUGCUUUUAUCAUCCCCGUUUAUAUAUCUACCCAAAAAUAAUUUCGUAACAAAAUUCCCAUAAUGACGCAUUUCGCGCCAAAUCGUAUUUGGAGCUGGCAGCCCCCUUUAAGAUUUCAAUUAAACUUUCUGGAUUUGUGGACCUUGACUAAAUAAGCCACUUUGCAU